CCCUGCCCCCCGCGCUCUCUGCUGGCCCCUGCCCCGGGCGGCGGCGGCUGCUGUUGCUUGGCCCAUGGGGGCGGGGAUGGGGUCAGCCAGCCCGGGCCGCGCUGAGAGCAGCCGCUUUGCGGGAGGGGGCGCUACCCGCCGCCGUGUCGCUCCCGUUGCGUUUCGGCUCUAGGGAGCUUGGAGUCUCACACCUACACCGGGCUGAGGGGCGUCCUCCCGCUGCUCCCCCUCCGCCUGCACUCAGAUCCACCUCCCCCGCUGCUGCACGAUCCCCCGCUCAGCCUGGGGUGAGCAGCUCCGGCGGGGGGCGAGCGCCCAGCGGCAAUCCCGAUUUCUAACCUAAGGCCUAAUUGCAACUAAAGACUAGUUUGACCUCACUGUUUCGCUCCAGGCUGCGAGCAAUGUCACGCAGUGUCACGCACUAAGGGUGUUGAGAUGGCUCGGUCGCUGCUGGAAGAAGUCUUCCAAUCACCUAUGGAUUAAUUACAAUGACGGAAAACCCCCUUCCCGCCAUACAGGAGGCAUCUGCACUACAGCGCUGUAGGGGCAUAGCUAUGCCACUGUAGUGUAGAGCUGACCUAUGUGCCUAGUAAUAGGGAAGGAGAGGGAAGAAGUACAGGAUUUGGGGUGGGCAUCAGCACUCUAUAAUCCCUUUAUUGGGAUGUGUCUCAUACACUCUUGUUUUGCACGUGUGAACAAGCUGUUCAGCAAUGAAGAAGUUAAAUUUCAUUUAUUGGAUUAUACCGUCAAUGGAAGAUGUCAAGAAAGAUGUGCAAUCACUUGUAUAAUGAAGUCCAGGAAAGGUGAACUUAAGAAAUCAAAAUCUCUCAUCCAUCCAAAGGAGCAGUAAAUGAGGCCCUUUUCUAGAAGGGGCAAAGUCCAAAAUAACUCAUUACCUUAUCAAUGAUUUGUGUAAUGAAGGUGUGUAGGAAGGCCCGGCAGACUUCCACUCUAAGAUUACACAGUAUAUGACAAGCAAUAAAGAUAAGUGUUUCAAACUUGCUUUGGUGUCAGUCUGAAGUUGUUAUUCUGGAGCUUGAAUGAGAAGAGAAGCUAGUCAAGUGGGGCAACUUUAUCACCAGUUGUGUCAAUACUUUUACAAUGAUUGACUGCUAAUAAUCAGGAUAGGACCCAGGGCACAUGCAAGAAAUGUGCAGGUGAGGCUUUUGGGUGACUGAUUUUGGUCAUAAGAGCCCAGUUUAGCUACGGUGAGUGAAAACCCCUUUUAUUUGUGUUGUUAAACCAUCAUUCAGCUCCCCAUAGAAUUUAGCUGCAGUGAGGCUAACCUGUACUUAUUGGGAAAUGUUUCUCCCCCUACUCUUUUACAUUGUGAAAAUGUCUUGAACUAAUUGACAUGUAACCAUGGAGGCCCAGUUGCUGUCCAGUUCAGACAUAUGACAAUAUAAAAGCUUCUGUUAAUCUCUGGGUGCUUGUUUAAUGGGUGGUGUUCUGAGUAUAUUCUACUUUUGCAUAAAUAUUCCUUCAGGACUAACCUGUAUGGAAUUUUAUUCUUUAUCAUGGUGAGUAUUCAGCAAUCUGAACUUCCUGCCUGGCUGCAAAGGUAGAAAACAGUCUGUGGAUUGUCAACAUACUGCUGAGCUUUUAUGGUAGUCAUCGGAGUGGUUCCUCCAUUUUCAGUCACCAAAAAUGAUUAGGUCUUUAACCCUCAGAUUCCUGGAUGUCAUUGUUCUUGAUGAUAAGGUGUGGAAAGGAGCUUAACAAGAGGUUUUCUCCUUCCAAUAAUUAAAAAAAGGACUGAAAGACACUCCUGUGUCAAAGAUGGAUCAAUAAAAACGUUGACUAUUAUAUCAGUGAUCCUCUGUAUUCUGCUGUAAAAAUUACAGUUUGAAAACGGAUCUGGAUUCUUUUCUUUAAACAAGGUUUUACAAAAUAUAAAUCAACAUGUCAGAUGUUCAAUACCAUCUGUGUUUAAGGUGAAAACGAACCAAUUCUCAGGAAAACAUUUAUAACAGUUAUUAGAAUAUCUGCAACUCUGAAGGCACACUCACAAUCAGUUAUGAUGUAAUGCUUAUUUGUUCCACAUUGACAGAAUGCUGUGCAGUCUUGUCAGGGGAUGAUGUUAAAGCCCUUUGAGCAUAUUAACUUUAUAUAGUGCUAAGGAUACUUCGCAUGGUAAUGGUCCCCAUCAUGACCGCUGCUGUGUCUACAAUGAAAGCAACUUGGUAGAUGGAGUUUACUGCCUGCCAAUAGGACACUGGAUCGAAGUCUCUGGACACACUGAUGAGAUGAAGCACACAACUGACUUCUAUUUUAAUAUUGCAGGCCAUCAAGCCAUUCACUAUUCCAGGAUUCUGCCAAACAUCUGGCUGGGAAGUUGCCCUCGGCAAGUGGAGCAUGUAACCAUCAAGCUAAAACACGAACUGGGUGUUACGGCUGUAAUGAACUUCCAGACCGAGUGGGAUGUUGUUCAGAAUUCCUGGGGCUGCAACCGCUAUCCAGAACCCAUGAGCCCAGAGGUCCUUAUGAAACUGUAUAAAGAGGAAGGUCUCGCUUAUGUCUGGAUGCCAACCCCAGAUAUGAGCACUGAAGGAAGAAUACAGAUGUUGCCUCAGGCUGUCUGUCUCCUGCACGGGCUGCUAGAGAAUGGACACAUCGUCUACGUACAUUGCAAUGCUGGUGUUGGCAGGUCUACAGCCGCAGUCUGUGGCUGGUUAAAGUAUGUGAUGGGAUGGAACCUAAGGAAAGUGCAGUACUUUGUGGCCUCCAGGAGACCAGCUGUCUACAUAGAUGAGGAAGCUCUGGUUCGUGCUGAAGAUGAUUUCUAUCAGAAAUUUGGACCUCUUCGCUACUCAUGCAAACCUUAGUGGUAGAAAAGCUGAUUGGAGGAGGGGAGAGAUUCCUCGCAGUGUUGCCAAUCCCAAACAUUCAAAAUUCAUAGUCAGACCACCCAAAUUCGUGUGUGUGUGUGUGUGUGAGUGAGAGAGAGAGAGAGAGAGAGAGAGCGUGUGAAAAAUCAUGAGAUUUAAAAACAAUAAUUAGUUUAGUCUCUUUUUAUUUGCCUUCUGUUUUUUAGCCUUUGGGGUUCUUGUUUUCAAACUUUUCUCUGCAACCAGGCGGGUUAGGAACUUACUUUGCAAAACGAAAGCUGAGAUUCUCAUGUACUCAUGUGACUCCAGGAGCUGGGACAAAUAUCACAAGAUAUAACCAUGUGAGAUGGCAAGACUGUGGUAGGAAGAAGGUGGAACAAUGCGGAAGGGCUACAUAAAGAAAUAAAAGUCAACGGUGUGCAGUUUUUGUUUUUUUCUGGCUUGGGUAGUCAGGGUUGUUUGACCGUUUCAGGUAGAGCCUUCUGUUUUGGUGUGUUUAUAAAGAUGUUUCUAAUGAAAUGGUCUGACUGAGAAAAAGAAGAAGGAAAUUGAUUUAUGCAGUUGUGUUUCUGAAACAAACAGCAAGUUAAAUUCAAUUCAUUAGGCAAGAGCUGCCCUUUCUCUCUCGUUUAGGUUUAUAGUUAAUGUGAUUUAGUAAAAUUUACUGCUGUACUUUGUUAUGGUGCUGAGGGUAUUGUAGAUGCUGUGCAUAAAGGUGGGGGAAAGUUCCACUUAUGCAUGUUUAAUCUACUGCAAGGCAGAACUCCUGGUUAAUUAGAUUGUCCUAGAUUGUAAGAUUUCCGGAGGGACUGUUUUUGUUUUCCUUGUCUGUACAGUGCCUAACACAGAGCCACGAUCCUUGAUUAGGGCCUCUUGGUGCUACCACAAGAUAAAUAACAAUAAAGAAAAUUGAGUUAAAGCAGAAGAUAUGGGAGGUGGCCUGGUGAGCCUAUAUGCAGGCUGUGCUGCUGGGUUUAGAGUCCCAGGUGCAGUGUCCGUCUCAUUCGCCUACUUGGGGUUGCCUGGAAAUUCUGCAAUAGCAGCCAUCUCUUGCUCCUGUGGAAGACAAGUGCUUCCACUGCUGCUCAGAUGUCACUGUCCCGUUAGCUAAAUUAGGAAGGGCAUCACUAGGCUCCAGAGUCCAAACAAGCCCCACUCAGCCAAAAAUAGGUGCUGCAACUCAUGACUUGGAGGGGAGGAAGUGGAGAAAUUCCUCCGCUGAGGGUCUGAUUGAGUGGGAGAGUUGCUUGUUAAGGACACAAAAAUUAAAAAACUAAUUUCUAGAGGCAGAUGGCUGAGCUAAAUCCCUUUUCCAGUUAUUUUUAGAAAAAUGAUUUGUCUAUAUAGAGAUUUAUUCCGUGAUAAAGAGGUGAUAAGAGACACAUGACCUUAAUUAUAAGGAAAUCCUACUACUGGAGACUUGUUAGCGAUCUCACUGUUACAAUAUCCUGGGCACUGUUCACGGAGAAUGUCCAUCAUAAUAUAUUUUGCUUUAUCUUUUACCCCUCAGAUGCCCUCAGAUGUGAAGAAGCAACUGGAAGUUAUUUUAAAUUUAUGUAUUUGAUCAUCACUUUAUUUCUGAUUUCUGUUUUGAAAUAAUGUAUGUCAUCAGUUAGAUACUGGAUGAAACUAUAGCCCAAUGUUAAAUAAAAGCCUUAUGACACUUCCAUAA